AUGGCACCUGAAACACCUCUCAUUCCUGCACCUCAAACUUCAACUGGAAAUGGAGUGACUCUUGAUGUUAAUCACCCCUACUUUCUUCAUUCAUCAGAUGCACCUGGAAGCAGAUGCAAUGACAUGGUAACAUUAUGGUUGCUGAACUCACUGUCUAAGGACAUUGGAGACAGUGUUAUAUACUCCAAAACUGCAAGAGAACUCUGGAUUGGACUGGAGCACAGAUUUGGGCAGUCUAAUGGAGCAAAAUUGUAUCAUCUGCAGAAAGAGUUAGCUGGUUUACUUCAAGGUACAAGUGACAUAGCGACCUAUUUCACAAAGCUUAAACGUCUAUGGGAUGGGUUGGAUUCUCUCAACACAAUAUCAAGUGCGCUUGCACUUGUAUCUGUGAAGGUAAGAAAGUGGAAAUCAGAACAAUUUCCAAAAUCAAGGGAACUUUUCACAAAGAAAUGGAAGCAGAAACUUCCUGGGCAGUUUCAGAAAUCUACUAAUGGUUUUCAAAAAUCUAAAAAUCCACCACAAAGGACAUCAAUUCCCAAGGCAAGGAAAGGAAAAUUCAACCCUAAUAUUUCUUGUACCUACUACAAGAAAAUAGGUCACUCUGUAGCAGAUUGCUACAGAAUCAUAGGGUUUCCAGAUGGGUUUGAAUUCAUAAAUGGAAAACAAGGUCAAGGACCUAUCAGAGGUAAUGGAGCUUUCUCAGGAGACCAAGGAGAUGAUCUGACCAGCAAUUUUAAUGAAGUUAUGAAUCAACACCUUUCAAAGGAACAAUUCUCACAGUUGGUACAACUCAUUAAGCAAGUUAAGGUGACAGAUACAGGAAGCUCAAACUCAGAAAUCAAUGCAAAUGUUGUGGCCGGUACAAUUAUCAAAUAUUCUGGUUCUUGUUUUUCAGUUUACAAUUCAAGCACCUGGAUCAUAGAUUUAGGAGCUUCAGAACAUAUGUGUUUUGACUCAAGUGAUUUUAUAUCUUUAUCACCUCUUCCUAUUCCUCUAGACAUCAACCUACCUAAUUCUUUCAAAGUAACAGUCACUCAUGUAGGAAGAGUUUCCAUUCAUUCUGAUUAUAUUCUGGAAAAUGCCCCUUUAAUGAAGAGGGCUCAAGUUUUUGGUGAAGCAAAAGAGGGACUAUACCUAUUGGAGCCUAAUUAUGCUAGUUCUAGAAAUAGAUAUGAAGAAAAUGUAGUUUCAUCUUCAAAGCAGAAUGUUUUCAGUCAUGUUUCAGUUUCUUUUCCCUUUUCUACAAGUACAAUCUCUGAUAAGCUAAGGACAGACAAUGCCUUUGAGCUAGGUAAAGGAACCCAACAGUCUGCUUUUCUUUCCUCUCAAGGAAUUUUGCGCCAAACAUCUUGUGUAAACACCCCUCAACAAAAUGGGAUUGUUGAGAGGAAAUACGGACAUCUUUUGGAAAUUGCAAGAGCUCUACUUUUCCAAUCAAAAGUUCCUAUUUCCUAUUGGGGAGAGUGCCUAUUAACUGCUACUCAUUUGAUCAAUCGACUUCCUUCUAAGGUUCUUAAAGGAAAGACACCUUUUUUCCAUUUUGUUCAAACAAUCACCCUCUUAUGA